AUGUCUAACGUGGAUGAUAUACGAAUAGAAUUGAGUAAACAAUGUCUAUUAACUCAACGCGAUGAAAAUGCGUUUAUUUGCUUAGUAGCUGUCGAGGCAGCAUUUGAAGCACUAACACUUUCCAGUAAAACCUUGAACAAUAAAUUAAAUCAAAACAAGUCAUUUCAGUUCUAUAAUUAUUUUCUUCUUAAUCAAAAUUCCAUUGAAUCAUUCGAUUAUGACUUGAAUGGGAAAACGAGCAAAUAUUUCAAUACAGAAUUUCAUCAGCAUGUGUUAACUGACGUCGAAGAAAGAAAAAUGAUGUUGAACGAAUUAUUCAAUCAUUUUUCGGAUCAAACAUUUCAAUUCUCACAAAAAUUUCUCAGUCACAUUACUACCGAAUCUGUGGCAUUAAUCACAUGUAGUUCACUGAUCUUUCGACCAUUGAAAAGUACUGAUUGGGAAGAAUUGUGGUCCUUGAAAUUUCAUUCAAAUCUUCACUUAGCGAGUGAAACCAAAUUUUAUUUCACCAAAGGCCUUUUUCGUAUUGCUUUUCAUGAAACAUUUCAAAAAGUUGAAAUUCCUGGCGAAGUUUAUCAUGGAAUACCAACGAAACUAAUCAUUCUGCUUCCACGUUGUUCGUCCGAUCUUGUGCAUAUCUAUGCCAAUCUAAAUGAAUAUAUCCAUCUACCAUUUUCGUUAGCCUUCAUCAGUGUUUGUAUACCGAACAUUUUCAUGAAUAUUGAAAUGAACAUUAGUGAAUCAUUGAAAAACUUUCGUGAUUUGUUCAAUUUUACUACUAUAAUUAAACAAAACGAGGAUACUCAUUUGUCUGCAGCAUAUUCUCUCGGACGUUUUGUUCUUGACAUGACCACAGAUGGAAGCAAACAACCAUCAACACUAUGUGUACAUUCAAUCGAUUUGUCACCCGUCAUUCCAUGGGUAUUCUUUGCUAAUCGCCCAUUCGUUUUUAUUGUCACAUACGGUGAACAUUAUCUAUAUAUUGGACAAAUGUUAGGUCCGAAAAUUCCAUCAUCAACCAAGAUUUUUUGA